AUGGAUUCAUGGAGGCGUCCCUCCUUCCCGUGGCCUCUGUGCAGUCCCUGCAGCAGGGGGAGGCUUCUGCUCCUGUUAUUGACCGUGCGUUUGGGGAACUGUGCUGAUAAAGCAGAUGAUGAGGAUGAUGAAGAUCUAACAGUGAACAAAACAUGGGUACUUGCACCAAAGAUUCAUGGUGCAGAUGUCACUCACAUACUGGACUCCUUACUUCAAGGCUAUGACAGUAAACUUCGGCCAGAUAUUGGAGUGAGAACUACGGUAAUUGAAACAGAUGUCUAUGUUAACAGCAUUGGCCCAGUUGAUCCAAUCAAUAUGGAAUACACCAUAGAUAUAAUUUUUGCCCAGACUUGGUAUGAUAGUCGCCUAAAGUUUAACAGCUCAAUGAAAGUGCUUAUGCUUAAUAGCAAUAUGGUUGGAAAAAUUUGGAUUCCAGACACUUUCUUCCGGAACUCAAGAAAAUCUGAUGCUCAUUGGAUCACCACUCCAAAUCGUUUGCUUCGAAUCUGGAGUGAUGGACGAGUAUUAUAUACUCUGAGGUUGACAAUUAAUGCUGAAUGUUAUCUUCAGCUUCAUAACUUUCCUAUGGAUGAGCAUUCCUGUCCUCUGGAGUUUUCAAGCUAUGGAUAUCCCAGAAAUGAAAUUGAAUACAAAUGGAAGAAAACCUCUGUUGAAGUCGCAGAUCCCAAAUACUGGAGAUUAUACCAGUUUGCAUUUGUAGGGUUACGAAAUACAACUGAAAUUUCUCAUACUCUGUCUGGGGACUAUAUUAUCAUGACAAUCUUCUUUGAUCUGAGCAGACGCAUGGGAUACUUUACUAUUCAGACAUACAUUCCUUGUAUACUAACAGUUGUUCUUUCAUGGGUCUCAUUUUGGAUUAAUAAAGACGCUGUGCCUGCAAGGACAUCAUUAGGUAUUACUACAGUAUUGACUAUGACAACACUAAGUACAAUUGCUAGGAAAUCUCUCCCCAAGGUCUCAUAUGUGACAGCAAUGGACCUUUUUGUUUCAGUUUGCUUCAUUUUUGUGUUUGCUGCCUUGAUGGAAUAUGGCACCUUGCAUUACUUCACCAGCAACAAAAAAGGGAACAAAGAGAAAGAGAAGUCAUCAAAACACAAGCCAGCUAAAUCGACUGCAAUUGCUGUCCGUCCUAGAUCAACAUUAAUAGCAAUUAACAACAUUAAUCACCUCCAACAGCGUGAUGAGGAUUAUGGAUAUGAGUGCCUGGAAGGCAAAGACUGCACCAGCUUUUUUUGUUGUUUUGAAGACUGCCGCACAGGUUCUUGGAGAGAAGGAAGAAUACACAUCCGUGUUGCCAAAAUCGACUCCUAUUCUCGAAUCUUCUUUCCAACAGCCUUUGCCUUGUUCAAUCUUGUUUAUUGGAUUGGUUACCUUUACCUAUAA